ACCAGAGGAUCCGAUUGUGAGUCACUGUAUCUAGCGAGCUGUGAACUAGAAAAGAAGAAGAAGAAGAAGAAAAAUUGCAUAGCACAUAAGUAUGGCGCACAUGUUUUGCUGACUUUUCUCUCCCUUCCGACUCUGCCCAAAUCUCUCUCUCGAUUCAACUUCCGCACCAAAUUCUAGGGUUUUUACCCAUUCCGCCAACGAUUCAGGGUUCUUUUAUCAGUGUACUGCUUUAGUCCCUCCAAUGAAGUAACUGUAGCCGGGGCGGAUCAUUUAUUUAUCAGUAUUUGUUUGUGGGCAGAAAAUGACAUGUGAUGAGGUUCUGAAGGCUGUUUUUCCUUAUCUGGAGGGUGUGGAUCUUGCAUCAUGUAUGGGAGUGUGUAUGCAGUGGAGAAACAUUGCCCGAGAUGAUUUCUUUUGGAAAUGCUUGUGUGCUAAGAGAUGGCCUUCUAUCUGCAAGCAACCUAACCCCCCAACUGUAACUUACUACAAGCUCUAUCAAACCUUUAAUAAGCGCAAGCAACAUCGAACUCUUCUUCCCCCUAGACUGUCCUUUGAUGACUUGGAGUUUUUCAUUGAUAUCUGCACUGAAGAUGGAUUUAUCUUUUCAGAAGUGGUUCCAGGACCUAUCCUACAGAAUGGUAUUAAAAUCCCACCACCAGGAGCAUGUGACAUGCUUAAGUUUCACCUGGAGGGUCCAGAGUACAGGAUGAAACUCCCUGUUGACCCAAGAUUUACUGUUCCUCUGAGCCAGACGGUGAGUGUUUCAGUCCUUGUGGGGCGCAAGGAUUCUAAUAGGGUUGCUUGUAUCAUCAAUAAAUCUAUGUUUGAUUACAUUGAUCGAACAGCAUACCGAGCGAUGGCAAAUGACUACCUUGACUUCUCUCCUGUCUACCCCUUUGUUUCGGGUAUCCGGGCAUGGAUCUCGUUGCUUUUCAUGGAAGAAGGAAAUGAAGGUGCUAUUGAUGUUUUUGGGAUUGAAAUGGAUUUCUGUGAUGCAGCCAACUCCAAGGAAGAGGUUUUGUGGCUUUUAGAUAUGCUUGAUUGGAAGUGAAGGCUUGACUUGUAAGUCCAUGCAAACAUCAAAAGAGCCCGAUGUAUAUUUGGAUGUAACAAUGAUGAUAUGCUCUUCUUUGUGCUGUCAAAUGCUCUGAGGCUGCCUAUGGAGAACAGUGCAACUCUCCCAUUUCUGGUUCAAAUACUUUUCUGACUAUGUUUUUGUGUUCUUUCAUGCUCAACUGUACAUGCUUUAUUUAUUCAUUGCUUCGAAUAAUUAUGAACCUUUUGAAUUGUAUGGAAUUGUACUCGUUCGGUGUUGAUUCACCUGAAAUGGGAAAAUCCGUGAAUUUGUCUUAUGAACAAAGAGGGGAGCAUUAAGUUUUGAACUGCAAUCUCGCAUGCCAUUUAGGUGCCUCUUUAUUUGCUAAACAGGUGGAGUAAUAUGAAGUUUCUUUUGAAUUGCUAUUGUAA